AUGGGCCAAUCCAUGUCAACUGAUUUUGAGAGCUUCAACAAAUUACCCAGUGAGCUUCGCCUGAUGAUUUGGGAAGAAGUUCUUCCUAAGAAAAAAGACGACCAUGCAGCCUACAAGAUUCUCCGCUCCACCUCCUUUCAUGGUUUGCGGUGGGAAAGACCAAAGAACGCAGAUGGACCUUUGCCUCUACUGCGUGCGUGCGGCGAGUCUCAUGAUGUGGCUAUGAAAAGCGGAUCUUAUAUGACUGUCGAGAACAAGAGGUUUCGAAUGGUCUUGGAAAGAUUUCGAGGAUCAUUCGAAAAGAGAUACCAUUCGGUUUGGGUUGAAAAGAGCCACACAACUCUGCACGUACCUUUCGCUGCACUGACGUGUAAGCGCAUCACCAAUUUACCAAGCAACAUCCAGGCUGUUGCUUCCACAAUGCCUACACGGCGAGGACUCGAAGCCUUGCAACGGUGCCUAACCCAGGAUCGCGAGUACAUGGGUAUAAAAACCGUGUACAUAGGGAUUGUUGGCAUACCCAUCCACUACAGCAAAGGCGACGACCCAGACUAUUAUCCCUGCACGGAAUCAGACUCAGCCAUUGUCCCACUUGACGACGAGAAGUUGACCACAUAUCUCGCAACAGCCUACAAAGCCCAUGCCUUCCGGGGAAUUGGUGAUCCCGUGCUUCGCGAGGAAGAAUUCUAUCGCAAAAGCGCACUGAGGUUUAAGAACAGCCUCGAAAAGGACUGGGAAGAUUACCAGCACUUGCGCUCACUGUGGGAGCCUUAUAACGGCAUCAGCUUAGUCCCGGCUGUUAUCUUUGGAACCAAGACCAAAAAGGUAGUGUCGUGGAGUAGCGAUAUUUACGAGAGUAUUGUCGUUAAACUUAAGCUGGGUCACCUCGAGGCCCAGUCUGAUCUAGUGUGGAUGGAUGCUUUUGCCUAUGAGAACGGAAUCGGCAACGAAAACAACCUAGAUGAGCUUACAUUUCAAACUGAGUGCCGAACGCUAGCUCACAGGGUGAAGAGUGUAGUCCGAGAGAUGCAGUUUUCACCCCACGAUUAUGAAGGGGCAAGGCGGUGGAGUGUUCCUCCGUGA